GCAAUCGUAAGUUGUGUUGAGUCCCAGGAUCGGCACUGGGUGAACCUUAGCUAUGGCUUCUAGCGCACCGUAACUCCCCCUGUUCACAAAAUCUAAUCUUUUAGGGUCUCCUUAUAGACAGUUUAUGUAGCCGAGGCAGAGUAUUUCUCCACAGUUCUUUGUCCUCCGUCUUUUUCUUCAUAUUCAUAGGAGUCCCUUUUCUGCUGUCCAGUCUGUUGAAUGGUUCUUCUGAGGGAAAAUGAAUAGUAAUUCAAUGUCUCAGAAGCAUGAAUGGGGAGGCGUUUUCUCCGAUAUUGAUUCGAGGUCUAUAUCAUUCCUGAUAGCUGGGUCGUUCACAGUUCCACUGCCCAAGAAGGCCGAUCUGUCUCUCCACCCACCUUCUUUUCUGUUGUUUUUUCCUGGGUUCCAGGCAGGGGUAUUGUUCAUCCUGGAUUCCUGGCAGAGGCUGUUGUUUAUCCUAAAAUUCAUUUGUCUCAAGCCCAUCCGGCUUUUUCAUUUUAUUUUACAGAACAUAUCUUAAAUCACAUUUCAUAUACACAGUAACACGAAUUAUUUCAUGUCUUUUAUUACAACAAUAUUCAGAAAAACUGAUGAAAUUGAUAAUGCAAAUAUUGAAUUGGAUUCUAACCAAAGCACAGAAACCCCAUCUCUAAAGAAGGGCGAAAUUACAGAACUUAAAUUGAAUUCCAUCAUUAAAACUGAACUCUCUGAAGGACCCCAAGGCAGUCAGAGGAGGAAUAUGGUCAGAACAUUUCCCUGUAAUUCCUUGCCAUUGAAAAACCUCCAAGAAAAAUGUGGUCAAAAGCAGGGGAAACAGAAAUUGAAUAUCUGUUAAAAAUUUGUCUCACUGGGGAAAAUGGAAUAUUAUCGGAUGGUAUAGAAAGUUUCAGGUUCUGGAGUGUGUGCACCCUUUUGCACCUUGGAUUAUACCCUUCUGACAAAUCCCGUUUAAUAAUCAGCAGGCUUGCAUAUUGGGCAGGAGGAAUACAUAUUGUCUGAAAAAGGGGAACUUGCUUCAACUCCUAUGCAGUGAGCUAUGAAUAUCUCUGCUGCUGCUACAAAACCCACCUUGUAUUUGCAAGCAAAAUACAAAUGUGCAGAUGAAAAUAUCCCAACCUUGGCAGAGAUUAAUCUUGAUGUAUUAAGACCUUUGCUGAGAGAAGCUCCAAAUCUGCUAAAAGACUGUUAAGUGGGGAAACAGGACGAAGUUGGGGGAGAUGUGCGGCGUAGUGAUGUCUUGCAAGACCCACAAACUCCCCUCUGAGAGCAAAAAUGCAUUACAGAGGAUGGCCUUGGCUUUCAAGUACCGAGGCCUACUCUCAAGCAGUGAGGGGGAAAUCUGGCAAAAUCCAAAGCCCUCACUCUCACAGAGAAAAAGAAGAGAGAGAGAGACACAUACACCCCCCCUCUCCUUUACAACCCAGCAGGGAGAGAAAACACACCCUAAGGACUAGGCAAUCCUUGAGCCUGCAUUUCAAUAGCUUCUGAUCACCCCUAAUACUUAUUUUAGCUGUAGGAGCAGAGGAAAAAACCUUUGAAAAUUAGUAGUUAACACUAAAGCUUGAAAUUUCUGAGUACUCCUACAGAAGCCAAAAGCUAAACUUAAGUUUAAAAAAAAAAAUUGAAAUUGCUUAAACUCACUCUAAUGAAAAGUGUUAUCCGUUAUACUGCUAAAAUCUGUUUUGAUGUACUUAAGAUUUUAAAACAAAUGCAUUAUAUCUGGAAUGCCUUCUACUUACAACUCUUCUAUUUGACUAAUAAAAACAGAAACCAGUGUUUAACAACAGAUUCUCAAAACCUAAUCCUAACACAGAACCUUUUCAUUGCAACUGUCCCAAAUACAUUUACACAUAAAUAAAUGACAGUUUGCAUAAUUAGCUGCCUUCAGCUAAAUACCAAUUUCCCUCUAAAAGGUGAAAUUCCUGUGAGACACUGGGUUAGGAAUUAGAGGGGUAUUGUUUAGAAAUAGAUAUUUGGAUUUUGUAUAUUGCUUAAUAUUUGCUGUAUUUUACUGUGCUAACUUCCUGUAAAGGGAAGACAGGGUUUAUGUGGGAGAUAGGGUGUACGUGCAACAAUAUGAAAGAAUGCAAGGAUGUGUGAUAAGGGAAGGAUGAUGUUCACCAAAUCAGGACAAAAUACACUAAACUUACAAGGCUACAGAAAUAACAAGGCUCCUCAGACCCCCGGAGCCAGAUUAGACCAGCCUCAUGGUUUGGACUGUGACCAAAGGAUCAGUAAGCAUGUGCAAGGAGAUAGGGUGAGAAGGUCAACUUUGAUGAAGAUCACUUCAUCCCCUGACCCCCAAGAUGACCACCAGAGACAAGUACAAAGGCGCAAGGGACUGAUAAGUGAAUUAGCAUACAAAGCGGGGCAAGGUGGAGCCAGGAAAUGAAUAUGCAUAGAUGUGUUGCAAAACCUAAUGUAUAUGUAACAUUUUAGAGCAUAAAAAGGAACACUGAGAGCAAGUAGAUGUGCAUGUCUUUGCGGAGCAAUCCCACAUGCGCCCGGCCCAAUAAACUACAUACCUACUUUAUAACUCACUUUGUCUUUGAGUUUUAGUCUUUCCGGGUAUCAUUUUUGGCGACCACGAAGGGACGUUCUCUGCCCACCCGUAGGAUUGACUGAGGGACGGACUUCCUAAGGCGCACCCUGGGAUUUUCCCUGGAAGGGACUCCGCUUCUCGAAUCAUUCACUGCGGGGACAGACAACGACCUUCUGAGCAGCGGAGAAAUGUUUGUUUUGUCUGUGGCUGAGCCCCUUCCCCGGCUGCUUGCUUCUGGCCUGCUGCUAGCUUUAGGCUGCUUUGCUGGCUUUGCUCUCUUGCUUUCUGCUUUUUGCUUGCUUUUUUGCCAUUUUUCUGCUUUUGUGUUUCCCCUUCUUUCCUUCCUCCCUUCCCUGAAGACAUCGGACCUGCUUCGGGCCCUGAUUUCGGGAACAUCAAGGGAACACCCCCCGGAGUCUGCACCUGAAAGAAGCUUUGGCACCCUCCCCAGCAGACACUGCUCACCCUCUCUUGAACUGGUGAAAACAUUUGCUGUCAUCUCGGACUGUUUUCCUUGUGUUGGGAAGUGUUUUUGUUUUUUUUUUCCAUUGUUUCUCAAUAAACAAGUUUUUUCCACUUUCUCCUCUGAGGAAAUUCCUCCCGAACCCGGUGGUGGGGUUUUGUGGAAUUUUGUCCUAAACUAGGACAAACAUAUUUUGGUGGCCCGUACGGGGGACGAUCAUACAAAGUGGAAAAAGCUUUAUUCUAAUAAUAUUUUGGUUUCUGUUGUUUUGUGGGCAUAUUGGUAUGUCUCUUUUUGAAGGUAUAAUGUCAUUUGGAGUGAAAGCCUGCCUUUAUUUCUGGUCAUUAGGGUUCUUUGAAGUUUUAAAACCUUUUUGGUCGUUAGGUUUAUUCUCUUAUCCAGCAAUAGCUCCGAUAUUGUCCCUGAUGCAUAGCUUUUGUAACCGUGGGGCCCUAACCAGAAUAUUUAUCGGGCUGGGCUUGGUUGUGAUGAUUUGCAAGAGGUUUAUAAAAAUGUUAUUGGUUCCAGGAAUGUAUGGUUCAUGGUUAUGGUUGUGUACUCAGUUUGUUAGGGGAGAAGCAGGGGAAGAGGCUUUUCAGCCUUUGCUUUCCUUCUUCUCCUCCGAAUUGUUUACAUCUCUAUUAGAAAAUGUUUGGUCCUCCCUGACUGCCAAGGACACCAUCUUUCUGGCAUUUAAUUUAGUAAGCUUUCUUUAUACUGUCUGCAGUUUAUAUAAGAUGAAGGCUGAGAUUUCUAGAGGGGCUGGCGAGACUCCUGAUUUAGGAGUGAAACCAAGGGUGAAGAAUUCUGAGUGGCGUGGGAAAUGGGAGGAUAUGGGCCAAAUUUUAAAGGAGUUUUCUGACCCUGUAGUCUGGGACUUCCCAUCUGAACAAAUUCAGAACCCAGCUGAGGUGGUAAAGUAUCUGAAAGAGAGGUGCCAUGGUAACACUAAGGAGGAAAGGAUCAUUGCAGUGAGCUGGGCCCUGGCACAUGCUUAUCGCACCCUGCUAGAUACUGUGGGGCAGCAGAUAGAGGAAAGGGAACAGGGAGAUAAAUUAGUUACUGUCCCAGUCACUCAGGCUGCAGCAAACAUCCCAGGCUCCAGGCCAGUAGUUAAACCAGACAGUAAGCCCCAACCAAUGGCUGUUGCUGCAAAUACAAAAGGUGGAAAGUGUAAAAGCAAGACUGACCGAAGGGUGGAGGAUGAUGAUGAUCCAAGAGAAGGACCAUCACCAACAUCAGAGACCACAGCAAGUGGCACAGAUUCCGGAGCCAAUAUUGAUUCCUUCUCCCUGAAGGACCUUUGAUGCCUAAGGAAGGAUUAUAGGCGACAGCCCGAUGAAUCUAUAACUAGUUGGCUAGUCCGCCUUUGGGAUGCGGCAGGGGAGGCUACCAUUCUGGAUGGCACUGAAGCGAGGCAUUUAGGAUCCCUGUCACAUGAUCCUGUCAUCGACCAAGGCAUGAUGAGGAGGGCUAGCACUCACAGCCUCUGGGAACGGGUCCUGGACAGCGUAGCACAAAGAUACCUGUGUGCAGAUGACCUCUAUAUUCAGCAGACACGGUGGAAGACCAUAGAACAGGGGAUCCAACGCCCGAGGGAGAUGGCAGUGGUAGAGAUCAUUUUUUCAGAUGAUAUAACAACUAGGAAUCCGGACUUAGUACCGUGCACACCUGUAAUGUGGAGGAAACUUGUGCACCUUGGGCCACCUGAAUACGCUUCUGCUCUAGCAAUAAUGAAGCGGGAUGAGGUAUAUGACACUGUGCUCGAUAUGGCAAAGAAGCUUCGGGCAUAUGCAGAUGCUGUACAUGGCCCAACUCAGGCCAGAAUUGCAGCUGUGGAAACACGACUGCAGAAAUUAGAAGACAAAAUAGAGGAAAGUCGUAAGAAACUCAGGGAAGAGAUUAAGGAGGACCUCCUCCAAAUCUCAGCUGUACAAAUUAGAGGCCCUAGUA